AUGACUACAGUUGCAGGAGACUUAACUAAUAUUGCACUAUUAAUUGCAGAGAUUCCAAAUUAUACAGAUAUUUUAAAAAGUAAGAUAGCUAAAAAAUAUACAAAUAUACCCACCCAACAUGCUGCACAAGAAAAAUUCUUAUUAUUUGAUAAUCUAGAAUCAUAUGAGACUAGAAUUCAUCCUCUUUUAUUAGGAGUUGCUGAUAGCUCUAUUCCUGAUCAAAUCUCUCAAACUUCAGCUGUUAAUAUACAAAAUAAAUCAUGUUCUGAUAGUAGUAGUAUAUUUCGAGCUGAAUUAGAUAGUAUGAUAAAAUUACAAUUAGCUUUAGUACCAACUUCUUCUAUUCAAGUACCAGAUAAAUAUAUGCCAGAAAGACCACCAGAUAAAUAUGACAUAAAUUCCAAAAAAUUUAUUCAUUUGUCAGAUAUGUUUUCGGCAAAGCCAGUGCAAUUAAAGAAAAAUAUUGAAGUGGACUCUAAUGAAGAACUGGCUGAUCAUAUGGGUAAGUUAUCAAUAAAUAAGGCUUUGUCAAAAGGUUUUGAGGCAGGAGUUUAUGCUAUUAGUAAAUCAUCUAAACACUGUUGUUCAAAUUGUAAUAGAACUAGACACAAUUCUCAACCAACUCCAGAAAUAUUCAAUUCAGAUGAAGAUGAGACUUUGGAUGACCCUAUGAAAAUUAAUUUUGUUUGUCAGAAAGAACCUGAUACAGGUAUUGUGACUAUACCAUGCAAAAUUAAGUAUUUAAAAAUUCUAGCAAUGAUACUUGAUAGUGGGGCUGAAACUGAGAUCGUAACAGAAGAUAUUGUUAAGCAUAUAAAUGGAAAAAUUGAUAGAUCUGUGAAGUUUGACCUUAGUAGUAUUGCUACUAUUCCAAUUGAGUCUAUUGUUAUGAAAAAUUCCAAGCCAAUGUUACUAUUUUCAAACCAACUUCUCAAGAAAUAUGAAUGUGUGAAGAAUAAGCUCGAAGUAAAUUAUGCUACUGUAACUCAAGAUGGCUCACAUAAUGAGAAUACUAUUACAUCUAAGCCUUUGGUAUCUGGUCAAAUUUCACAGAAAGUAGAUAGUGAUAAGAAUGACA